UAAAAGUGUGUCUCAGCAGCCCUGGUCCAGCCCUCUGCAGGCAUUUGCUGUGGGCUCCAGGACGAGCACUCCAUCAGCUGGUGCUUCAGGGCUGGGACAGUGAAAAUGUUCAGUGUCAUCGGCGACAAAUACAUGUACAGGGGACCCCAAUAGGCAGGCUGGUGUGUCGGGGAGCAGGAAGCCAGGAGUGAAGUCCGACAGAGGUGUGUGCAUACAUAUACGUGUAGCUGGACACAUGUGCGCGGACUUGAAAAAGCAACUUUAGUUUUGGUUUUUGUUUUGGUUCCUGGGGUGAACUUUCUAUUGAACAUUUUUCCCUCCUAUUUAAUUUUUUUUUUUGCAUUUUUAAAAAUUUGAAUAUAUAAAGUGUAAGAAUCAAACCUUUGAAAGACUGAGGCGUGCAGCAGACGGCAGAUGGAUCCUGUGGCCAGCAGCUGCAUGAGGAGCCCCCACCCCCCAACCCCUGUCUGGGGCUGCCUUCGAAAUCCCCACUCCGAAGGCAGUGGGGCCUCAGGGCUACCCCACUAUCCGCCAACCCCGUUCUCCUUCCACCAGAAACCAGACUUCCCGGCGACAGCAGCAUACCCCGACUUCUCAGCCUCCUGCUUGGCGGCCACCCCGCACAGCCUUCCCCAGGAGGAGCGCGUCUUCACUGAGCAGCACCCUGCCUUCCCACAGCCCCCUGACUGGCAUUUCCCUGUCUCUGAGACCCGGCGCAGGCUCAACCCAGGCCCAGCUGGGGGCUCCAGGGAGAUGGGGGCCAGCAGCCCAAGCCUGGUGGACAACACUGGAGGCCCAGGCGAGGACUACGAGGUCCUUGGGAGCACUGCCAAUGAGACGGAGAAGAAGUCAACCAGACGGAAAAAGGAGAGUUCAGGUCAAAGUGUGGUUCCAGAACCGAAGGAUGAAGUGGAAGCGCGUGAAGGGGGGUCAGCCCAUCUCCCCUCAUGGGCAGGACCCCGAGGAUGGGGACUCUGCAGCCUCUCCAAGUUCAGAGUGAGAUUCUCCAUGGAGACAAAAAGACUGAGGACUGAGCCCCCGACCCAACUGCUCCCACCCCAACCCCACUUUCACCUUCUCCCACCCACCCCAGGGCAGCGUCUCCACAUCUUGCAGUGACUCUUGGAUAUGAAACUGCCCAGCAUUGCUGGGAGCCGUGAAGUUUCCCAGAAAGUCCUGUCCAGCAUUGCUCUGUCUUAGCAGCUCCUUCCCCAGGGCCUUUGCUUUCCACAAGUCUUGUGGAAUCAUACAGCAGCCAGACCAGACCCAAGAGAAUCCAGGGAACAGCUCCAAGGACACUGCUUCUCAGGGUCUCUGGCUGCUUCCCAUACCUCUUCCUACCACCCCCCUCCUACACCAGCCAGGUCUCUGCCAGGUCUGGACUCCACCUGGCCUGCUGGGAGAGUAACUCGUGAAAGCUAAUACUUCACAAAAAAGGAAACGACUGACACACACAGACACAGACACAGACACAUACACCUCGACCACCUUUCCUUGCUGGGCUCUAUAUCUGAGGCUUUGGGGCCCCUGGAUUGUCCCAAAACCCCAAGGAAAAUUAGUGUGAGGAGGGUUGAAGACAGAAACUCAGCUACUACAAAUAAGAAAGCAUCCCUGUCUCCAAAUUUGUUGGCUGUUAGGUGGGCGAGUUUAUGAGCGCCGACUGGAAGAAGACAGUUGCAAAAACAGCCUGGUGUAGGUCUCUGCAGUCCCAUACAGGCCCAUUUACAUUGGCUUAACUGCGGGGGUGGGGUGAGAAUGGACCCAGGACACCACCUGCUUUUUCAAAAUCAAUUCAGGAAUACAGCUGGGACUGUUGAGCAGCGCCCCAGAGCAACGGAGCAGCUAUUCCUUUUAAAUCCACAAUUUCUGGAUUGCAAAACUAUCCAGAUGCUCGUGUUAUUGAGUUGAGGGCCGCAAAGUGUCCCCUAUGUUCUGAGGAUGGAGAGAUUAUCCUAGGGCUGCUGGGUGAAGGCCUAGAAAUGCGGAACCCUGGAGAGGAAGGUUCUCCAGCUGCAAUGUCCUGUGUUUUCAAAGGAUUCUGACUGCAAAUGAGGACCCAAAAAAAAGCAAUCCUUCUUUCUCCAAGGGGUGCGUUUGAGCCUAUCUGAUGUAUUACACAAAUGCUGUUAUUAUGGGAGGAGCUACUAUGUUUAUAUGUGUGAACUGCCCACAUCCUCUGGCAUGACACUCCAGGACUGAUGGCCAGACAUCUUAGGGCAACUAAAGUCUUGGAGCAAGACCCCCUGCCUGCCCCAGUGCUCUGUCUCCCAAUGCCAGUUGUUGUUGCAGAGGGAGGUCAGCAAGAGUUUGGAUCUCUUGUAUGUAGAUUUAAUCAUGCACUUGUAAAAAGAACCCCACCUCCCAAUCCCAAAAGGACUAAUGUUGUGGGAAAUGAUUGCCAAAUGAGAUGGCUGGUUAGAGCAUGCGUAAUUUUUUCUAAACCAUACUUCAUGUAUUUUCUUAAGAUUACAUCAAGUUAACUGUGCAAGGUCAAUUCACUUAGUAAGAAAACUCUUGGAGAAAUAAAAUCAAUAAAAAAACAAAGUUCCCAGGCCUUUUUCCUUACAGCGCUAAGAACCACAGCUGUGUGUGCAAUCCUCUGAUGCUCGCAUGAUGAUUGGCUAAUGUCUAGAAGCAACAAAAAAGAAAAAAUCAUCUAGAAUAAGGUAUCCCCCUUUAGGUUUUUCAAAAGGUGGGGGUGCAUAUGUAAUCAUUGCCCUCCCCCGCCAAAGAAAACCUUUUCUCCCAUGCAACUACAUUGUCUUUAUUUCUCAUAAAAUUUUAGCUUUCUGUUUCCCCAAACUAUGGCUUCUCAAACGGUCAAAGUUCUGUAAACAAAAAAUGAACUCUUCUGUUAAUAAAGGCAUCUUGACUAAUCAUCCCAAAUUUUUAAAUUCAAAGUCUGGAGGUUUUGUUCUUCAGGGUAAAACAACAUACAC